AUGGGUCUUGUUGAUGGACUAACUGAGUCGCGUGAGGAGCUGGAGGAGAUAGAACGGUGGCUCCAGGCUAAUAGUGGAGGCAUGGUUCGUCAAAACAACGAGGCCGGUACAAAUGCGGCUAAUGGCUCUAGAAAUGUGGCUGCCAAUUGCGUGAAUGCAGAGCAGGAUCAAGUAAGAAAUUUGUUCUCAUUAGCUUGCUUCUAG